AUGCUGCAGCUGCUGAUGGCGGUGGCCUUCUCGGCGGCCCUGUUGACGCUGUACGUGCCGCCGGUGCGCAGCCUCAACCUCUUCGUGGAGGCCAUGGAGGUCGUCUGCCGCGACUGCGGCCCCUACUCCCACGGCGCCGUCGUCCGCUUCCGCGUCGACCUCUCCCGCGUCCUCGCCGGCCUAGCCUAG